AUGACCAUCAUGAAUCCAGAUAAAUUAAGUAAACUUCAAGAACAGGUUCGCAUUGGUGGGAAAGGCACAGCUCGAAGGAAGAAGAAAGUGGUACAUCGAACUGCAACCACAGAUGACAAGAAGCUCCAAAGUGUCCUCAAGAAACUCUCUGUGAAUACCAUACCUGGUAUUGAAGAGGUAAACAUGAUCAAAGAUGAUGGGUCUGUUGUUCAUUUCAAUAACCCAAAAGUCCAGGCUUCAUUGACUGCCAACACAUUUGCAGUUACUGGACAUGCUGAAAAUAAGCAAAUCACAGAAAUGUUGCCUGGAAUCUUGAGUCAACUUGGUGCCGAGAGCCUGACACAUUUGAAAAAGUUGGCCAGCAAUGUCUCUGGCACAGGCAGAGGUAAGUCCAUCUUGCACUUUACCAUGUAUUGUUCCUGUUUAUCCAAAGUUAAUAGCUCUUUGACGAUGUUUGGUGGUGGUGCUGGUGACACAGAAGGAGAUGAAGAGGAUGAUGAUGAAGUACCGGAUCUGGUGGAGAACUUUGAUGAACCUAGCAGGGGAGAAGCUUUGAAGGUUCAGGAGCCUGAGACUAAAGAAACAGGAACAGAGGAGGUAAAUUCAAAGGCAGUGAAUGAAGAUGCGGAAAAGGAGAAGAAAGAAGGCGACGCAGCAACAUGGCAGCCGGGGGAUGUCGACUGA